AUGGGCUUUUACCAUUUCCAUAGCGGGAUCUCAAAGCUGAAGCAAGUUACAGGGCAUGCUCAACGUGACAUCCAAUGCUCAAUCAUUGCGGCCGCUGCAGAUGCAGUACCUAGCAUCGUGAUCACUGCCAUACGAGCAUUGAUGGAUUUCCAUUAUCUUGUACAGUUGACAUGGAUUGACGAUUGUGAUCUUCAGUGCAUUUCGACAGUGUUGGUUGAAUUUCAUGCCAACACGCAGGCAAUCUUAGACGCUGGGUUCCGUCGAGGCAAGAGUGGCAAAGUCAUCGAUAAUUGGUACAUCCCAAAAUUAGAACUCAUGCAGAGUAUCACUCCCAGUAUUCGCAAUACUGGCGUUGCCAUGCAGUGCACUGCAGACACUAUGGAGCAUGUUACAAAGCAUGCGCAUGUCACUGAGAUCAAGGACCCCGCACGAGCCAGUAACAACAACAACUACGAUGCGCAGAUUUGUCGCCACCUUGACUGUGCUGACAAGUGCCAUCAUUUUGAGCUCGCUGUGAAUCUACUAGACUUGUCGAACCAACACACAUACCUAGAUGAAGAUGACGACGAUAUCAAUAUUGACGUCGAUGAUGAUCGUGACAUCCUGGCAACAGUCAAUCACCUCGGUUAUUCAUGGCCAAUUACUGACUACUUCACAAUCGCACAGACCCUUCUGCACAAGGAGGUGGGGACAAUCCCUCAGCCAUUACGCACUUUCAUUGUUGUACAGUGUAUAGCCGUUCAUCUUGCCUAUGACCCAUCAAUCAGAGCCCUCUCCAUCGAUGACACUGCUCUCAAAUUUAACCUUCCCGACUUACAACCAGCUCUUGCUGACUUCCUUCGUCGCGAAGAUACCUACGGAAAUGAUCACAUUCACACAAUUGGUGGGGCUAGGAGAGCCGGGCCCGAUGCUUCGCUUCCUUUUGAUAAAAUGCAAAUUUGGUUCAAAGUUCGGCUCCAGGACAUGGACAUUCACAACGCCAGCAUUGUGCGGCCUGCACAGACCCUGAACUGUGCACCUCUGGACCUCUGGCCGGUACAACACAGUCAUUGUCAAUCAUGA